GGUGUUAUCGUCGCGUUAUCGCCGGCACGCACGUCCAGCCUCCUCGUCGAUGCUUAACAAAUGGAUAAUAUCGAGGGAUGAUCGACAAAUCGCGAUUCUCUGGGGUGGUUUUGCGUCCACAAGUCAGACUACUGAUUACGACGGACAACAUCUGAAAAAGAGCGAAUUGGUCGUGUGAGAUCCAUUGAGAUGUCGUCAAGUGUGACAUCGUCACACGAGCCGACGACGACGACGACGAUGGAGCCGGCGGAGCUGGACAGCGACGGUUCGAGCUGCGGCGAGCGCGACGUCUGGAAACGCGUUCGGGGCGACUCCGUCGAUGGAGGCGUCGGGCCGAAAAAACGUCGGAAGCAGACCACACCGGUAAGAUUCUCGUCCAGCCUGACGACGGGUAUGCAAGAAGACGCGCACGAGAACGAGCGCGAGGAUGAGGAUAGCGAAGGUAAGCCGUUGUCGCGAUCACCGUUGCCGAGCAACGACCACCAUCACCACCAACACCACUACCAUCAUCCGCCGUCGUCGAAAGACGAGAAUCUGAACAACGAGUUUCGUUGCCAGCACUGCGGCCGGCUCUUCGACAGCAGCGAGACGCUCAGCGUGCACGUAGACGACGAGCACGGUGGCGCGAGUCAAGCGACAUCGAGCGUCGCUGUCAAGAUAGAGCCGGAGCAGCAGCUGGACCGAAUUAACGAUGGUCCCGUUAGCCUUCUCAGCGUAAAAGAUUUCGCGACUACGUGGCUGGCGUCCGGCAGCCAGCAGCACGUGCAAUCGCAGACGCAGAUGCAGUCGCAGAGCAAGGAAUCGUGGUCGGGCGGGCCGGUCAAUCAGAUCGUCACGAUGACCAAUCACUUGCAAACGCUGUCGGGCUUUUCGGGCACCCUCGCGCAAUACUUACCCUUACCGAGUUUUCCUCUAGCAGACCCCCAGCACGUUUCCAGAUCCCCCCUCGGCCCAGUGCCGAUCAAAAUUUUCAAUCCGGACGCGUAUUGCGACAUGUGCAACAAGGAGUUCUGCAACAAGUAUUUUUUGAAGACGCACAAAGCCAACAAGCAUGGGAUCUAUGUGGACUCGCCGGCGCCGAACGCAGCCACAGACGUCGCCAAUGUGUCUGGCGCCAACAUGUUUGCCGCAAAUUUUCACACGAGCAACACAAGUGUGAAACUGGAGCCGUCGGCGACGCCGCCACAGAAGCGUUUCCGCAGCGACGAGUCUGUAGUAAUUAAGAAGCAGAAGCAGAAGAUACACAACGAAUCGUCGAUGGAUCAGCCGUCGGACAGCCAGCAGAUCUCUCUAUCGCAAAACGAGGAGGACCGAGCAACGCCACGUGACAGUCCCGGCGGCAUGGAGGCGCUUAUGAAGCAGGAAUACGGCGUCGAGCAAGAGGACGCGACUUUCAUGCCGGCGCCUAGACACCUCUCGCCGCAAUCCAUCCAGCAAGCACGCGAUUCCGGUUUUAGCGCCGAUCUCCUGCGCCGCCUGGGUGUCAUAAAUCCCGAUGCGUUUUGCGAGAUCUGCUGCAAAGAAUAUUGCAAUAAAUAUUUCUUGCGCACGCACAAAAUCAAGCGGCACGGUGUUGUCGUGCAGGACAGCCCGGCAAGAUCGCCGCCCGGCAAUCCCGGCGCGGCCACCGUCGCCAUUUGGCACCAGGUGCAGACUAGUCCGUUAAAUCUAAUCGUGACGGAGACCAGCACCGCGGGUUCCGAAUCCAAUGAUCGCACCGGCGAGGAUCACGAGUGCAAGCCCUGCGGCAUCCGCUUUCAAACAAUCGGUUUGCAUCAGGCGCAUUGCAAGAGGAUGCACGAGGCCGAAGAGCAAACCUCACCGAAGCAGGAAUACGAUUUGGAUAAUUCUGAUCGCAACGAGCGCACCGACUCGAUCUCCGAGGACCUUCAAAAAUUGCAAACGAUGAUCAUGCAAUUGAACGGCUUGGAUUCGAAUAAAGGACUAAUCUGCGCCGUCUGCGGUAAAGAGAAUGACUCACGGUUGGCUCUGCGCGUUCACAUGGCGACCGAACAUGGCGUUGCCAGCGACGAAACUUCAUCAUCGCCGCAGGAGAAAUCACCCACGGCCAUUACAACUAUUUUCUGUACUCUGUGUGAAAAAGAUUAUCCUAACCAGGAGGCUCUAAGGAAACACAUUAGCGAGGAACAUCAACCGGUUGUGUCUACCAGCACCAUCACUUUACCGGCACUUCCGCCGACGGUGAUCGCUUCUUCCGCUAAUUCGACGCCGACAUCAAGUCAGACUUCAAGCAGUCAGACAACGCCCACGACGGAAAGAAAGGUGACGUCACUGACACCCACGUCGAGCUACUGCGAGAUUUGCAACAAGGAGCUGUGCAACAAGUAUUUCAUGAAGACGCACAUGCAGCGCAUGCACGGUAUCGAGAUCGAGAACGGCGCGCAGAUCGGAGGCGUCAUUUGCAACAUCUGCAACAAGGAGCUGUGCAGCAAGUACUUCCUGCGUGUUCACAAGCACAACACCCACGGGAUCAUCGACGAGAACACAUCGGGAUCGGCGACGUCGAGCAAGCAGGAAACUUACGACGCCUCCGGCGCGGAGGACGCAACGCUGAAACCAGAACUUGCCGAUCUCAAUCACAGAUAUUUCACCGAGGUGUGUCCGAUUUGCAGCCGUAGAUUCCGCAGCACCAAGUCGCUGAAGAUGCAUUUAAUGAGCGACCACGACAAAGUGGGAGUCGACAAAUGUCGUGAAUUGGAGCAGCAAUGUCAAACGACCUCGAAAACCGGCGGUAGAAGCGUCACCUCGGCCAAAAACAUUCAGCAAGCGUCGAAUCUGAAAAUUCCCAAUGGUUUCGAGGUUGCUCAGCAGGUAAAAUCCACCGAUUACGUGAACUUGGGCAACCAGGUGCUGUCGAAUCUUCUCGGCACCUCGACCGAGGAGCAUCAAGUGAAGAAUUAUCGCUGCGCUUAUUGCAACUUUGUGACUCCCGCGCUACCGCUUCUCUUUCUUCACGAGCGAUCCCAUAUGACCCCUCAAGAGAAUCUCGAAUACGACCGGACGUUGCAAUGCCCGAUCUGCUCGCAGGACUUCCAUCAGCCGGAGCUGCUGCAUCAGCAUCUGGUGGCCAAACAUCAAUUUCCUACUUUAUUAUCGCAGUUCCAACAUCCUCUUCUAAACAAUUUCCGAUCAGAUAUUGAGGUCAAAGUAAGCGAUAUCAAGGAUAGGGCCGAUCAGAAUGCGAAGGAGGACCGAGUAGGCUGUAGUCCGCAAGCCGAUCGGAGCGUCACCGAGGCCGCGAAAAAUCAACGUCAGGACGAAACCGCGGUGCAGGUGACUUCUCAGGGCGCGUACAAGUGCGCUCAGUGCGGCUACGCGACCACGAACUUGAAUCGAAUUAAGAAACACAUGCGGAAAGAUCACAAGGCGAUCGGCGAUCCCGCGGAGAGCGUCAUCACCGAGCUAAGCAGGACCUUGAAAGACGUGGCGAAUAAGCAGAAGGUCCCGGCUUGCUACGCGAUGCCGCAGGACAUGAAUUCGAAUCCGGAUAAAACCAUCAUGCAGCCUUUCCUGAUUGAGGAGCAGGACUUAAUGCAGGCCGGCGCCGAAUCCAGCUCGACGAAAAGAUUUGCGCCGGCUUUAGUCUAUCUGCCGGUCAAUUCCAGAAUCAACAACACCCUGACCGCUUCCUUCACUCUCACUCCUGCCUGAGCUUAGUUGACAUUUCAAUCUGUAUGUUGAAAGAAUGCGAACGGCAGCGUCUGCAUCUGCGAUCCAAGCACGUGGUAUCGGUUCCUAUUUAUCAUGUAAGAUGACUAGCCGGCAAUUUUUGCGUAUUUUUGGCGAAUUCUACAGUUUUUGCUUUCCUAUUAUCGAUUAAGUGAGCUCCCUAGUUCGAUGUUGAAAAAAAAAAAAAAUAGUCAAAUAACAUCGUCAAAUAAGAUUGCUCUGCUUCUUUGGAGAGUUUUGCAUCGCGAAAAGAACUUUAGAAUUAUUCAAUGUUUGAGAAAAUAUUCACUAAGCAACGAAUAUUAACGUAAAAAUUCCGAAGUAUUUUGAAUUAUUUUCUCAGACAUUGAUCAGCUCUAAAGCUUUUCUUUUUUGCUGUGCAAUGAUUGUAAGAAAAUAAUAAUUUCAUCCGACGAUAUUUCGUUUCAAAAAGUUCGUCGCCGCAACGCAAGAUUGAUCGUCGUUUCGUAACAUGAUCAACUUGUAAACUCGAAAUACGGGAAGAUCGUCCACAAGCAACGACGAGUAGAAUUCCCUUCCUCGCAAUUUUACUUCUCAAUGAUUCUCAAGAGCGAUAAAUUUAGCAAGGGUUUGAAAAGAAAAGAUCUCUCAGAAGAAUAACGAGACGAGAUUGUUAUUAUUGUUCUAAUAAGGAACAUACUCGUUAUAUACUCUUGUACAUACUUAAUUAUAACUAACAUAAACGGGUGAUCGACAAAAAGUUCCUAUUUUAAAUAUAAUAGGCCUCCUUAUAUCGGAGUGUUU